AUUCAGAAGACGUAAAGGCACGUCAAAAAAAAAAGAGCAACCUUUGCAAGUUCCUUUGCAAGUUGAAACCUUAUUAAAAAUAAAUGAUAUUAGCUUUGUCCUCAUAAAAUUGAUAUUUUCAUGAAACCGACAGAACAUUAAAGGGGCUAACUCUGUAAAGAAGUGUUUUAGUGCGUUUAAAUUGGGAUACGGAGGAGCACACGAUCGUUGACGGAGAUUGAAGAAAAGCUCCCAACUUUUUUUUUAUAAUCUUUUUCAAGUCGAAUCCUUUUCUAUCACCACCCAAUUCCGCGGCAACACAACCUUCCUGUAAGGCUCAUCCUUCCUUCUUCUUCUUCUGUGCUUAUCCCGCAAGAUCACCAUCGUCGUCAAUAAAUGUCGCUGCUCCUUCUCGUUAUCUGCUUGUAGAGACGAAACCCUAGAAGAAAAAAAUGAGUUCCACGGAGGCGGUCGAAGAUCCCGGACAGAUUAAACGUGCCCUGAUUGAUGCUUCCGCCGGUGCCAUCUCCGGUGGUGUUUCCCGCACUGUUACUUCUCCGCUUGAUGUCAUUAAGAUUAGAUUUCAGGUUCAGCUAGAACCGACGAGUUCAUGGUCUGUGGUCAGGGGGAACUUGUCAGGAGCAUCUAAGUAUACAGGGAUGGUACAGGCUACUAAAGACAUUUUUAGAGAAGAAGGUUUCCGGGGGUUUUGGCGUGGGAAUGUGCCAGCUUUGCUUAUGGUCAUGCCAUAUACUUCAAUUCAGUUUACAGUACUGCAUAAGUUGAAAUCUUUUGCAUCUGGUUCUACUAAAACAGAGGAUCAUAUGCAUUUGAGCCCUUAUCUAUCUUUCGUCAGUGGAGCUUUAGCAGGGUGUGCUGCUACGCUAGGAUCGUACCCCUUUGAUCUUCUUAGGACAAUAUUGGCCUCGCAGGGGGAGCCUAAGGUGUAUCCAACAAUGAGGUCUGCAUUUUUCGAUAUUAUCAAAUCUCGAGGCAUAAGAGGAUUGUAUAAUGGAUUAACACCAACACUUGUUGAAAUCGUACCUUACGCUGGCCUGCAAUUUGGCACUUACGAUAUGUUCAAGCGUUGGAUGAUGGACUGGAACCGACGCAUGUUAUCCUCCAAUAACCCUAUCAACGUGGACACCAACCUUUCUAGCUUCCAGCUUUUUGUUUGUGGUCUUGGAGCUGGCACUAGCGCCAAACUCGUCUGCCAUCCUCUUGAUGUGGUUAAAAAGCGCUUCCAGAUUGAAGGUUUGCAGAGACAUCCGAGAUAUGGAGCCAGAGUGGAGCGACGUGCAUACAGAAACAUGUUAGACGGUCUCAAACAGAUUCUAAUGUCUGAAGGGUGGCACGGUCUGUACAAAGGCAUUGUGCCAUCCACUGUGAAAGCUGCUCCUGCUGGUGCUGUUACCUUCGUGGCCUAUGAGUUCACCUCUGACUGGUUGGAGUCGAUUUCUUGGUAGAGAUUUACACUCUUUUUCACAUUUUUAUAUCUUUUCUGUUGCUGGCAAUUUAUUAUAGGCUCUGGCCCUAUUCACGGGUGGGAAUUAUACAAGUAAAAGUAAAACAUCAAGUGUUGUUGGCAAUUUUGGAAGUUUCUAACAAGUGUGGCUGAUUCUGUGAAGUGAGAUUAUAAAGCUGUGUAAUGAAUCCAAUUUAUCAUGUUCAAGCAAUUGUUUAA